AUGGCAAUCAGGCAUGAUGGCACCAAAGCCACCACGAAAAAGGCUGUUUGGUGGGACGGAGGAAUUCACGCUCGAGAAUGGAUCAGUCCAGCAACGGUCAUCUACAUUGCCUAUGCUUUUCUGUCAAAGUAUGGCCAAGAUCCAACCAUUACGCAUUUAGUUGAUCAAUUUGAUUGUUAUAUUUUGCCUGUAUUUAAUGUUGAUGGCUAUGCAUAUACAUGGACAAAAGCGUAUACAACCAUGAAACCGUCACAAUUCAAAUUACAAGAUGAUGGAUCUAUCCAAGCUAUUAACGCACUCGCUGCUGUACAUGGUACCCAGUAUCAGCAUGACAAUAUUGCUCAAACUAUCUAUGUUGCAUCGGGUAGUACGGUCGAUUGGACCUAUGGCACAGCCAAUGUGAUAUUUAGCUAUGGUGUCGAACUUCGUGAUACUGGUAAAUAUGGAUUUUUGCUUCCCGAAGACCAAAUCAUUCCAAGUGGUGAAGAAACAUUAGCUGGCCUACUGGCCUUACUUCAGUACAUCGAAAAACAGGUCUACGUUUGA